AUGACCCGAGGUAAGACGUUUGCGUUUAAUGUAUCAUAAACGAUUUUGCUUAUACUAACGGCCACUAUGAAAAAUAAUUAGAGGCCACUGGUUUACAUAUGGUUUUCUAAGGACACUUCAGUGUAAAAGAGUAGUCUCCAUAAUUGAUUUCAAAUUUAGCGAGAUUCUAUUCAAAAUGUAAAUGUCGUUUUUUGUUGGGAGCUACACAGUUCAUGAUGUAAUAUUAAUAUUCGGUCGCGGCCUUCUUAACGAAAAAGAAGCAACCGCUAAAGAAUAGACAAUGAGGAAAAAUAUGUGUAUUUCACGAAUUUUAUUUAGUAUUUUAUGUCAAACAUUAGAGAUGCAAUAAUGUCUUACCGGACAGGUAUAACCCACACAAAUGUAAAGGCAAAUAUAUGUGGGUAAAGUGUCAAGUCGGACAUUUGAACUUUUUAUAGGAUAUCAUAUCCAAAUUGCCGCACAUAUUUUUGCGUAUAUUAUUAACCGAUUUGCAUUCAAGAAAUUUUAUUAGACGUACAGUAAAUUUCCUUUGCCAAAACGGCACUUAUUUUGUAGGUUGUCGAAAGUAAUCAUUGAGUUUGUCAUCAGACUUAGAAACAGAGAGUCGUCCUCAUUGCGCGCACAAACACCUAAUAUAUUCUCAUAUAUUUAUGCCAGACUCAGGCAUCAGUUUUAGAAGAAAUCGGACCGCGUCAGAUAAGCUUAAAGAGAUACGUUCAUUUUUAACAAAAAACUCGAAUGACUUCUGAAACUAACCGCUUAAUACAGGGAAUUCAUUAUUUGCCAGAUGACUCAACAUUAAAUAUCUUUACUAAAAAGACAAAUACAAUAGAAUCGAUAGAACGCAAUAUUUAGUUGAAUAUGAAAGGAUACAUUAUCAACAGGUGUACGUAUUAGACGAUUCCGAACUUAAUUAGAAGAGAAUUAUUAGAACGACAGGCAAAGAAAACAAUGUUGCUUCAAUUAGAACUGAGCGUAAAAAGCUGCUCAUCGUGAGGUUGUCAGUUCCUGUUGAAAACAGUUCAUUAGUCUGAUAUCAAUCCUCUUCACUGGCAAGUAAAGUCACAUACAUAAUACCAGUAGCAUGUAGUUUCGUUAUAAAUACAGCACUCUAAAUCUUACAGCCGUUUGACAAGGAUAUUUGCAGAAGUGCCUCUAAAGGUACAGGUGUAGGAGCUAGCGAUAUGGAUGUGCAGAAACUUAUGCGUUGAAAAACCAGGUGAAAUAAUCAUAUUGUAAUGAAUGCGACAAGACUUUGAAGGUUCCAAAUCAUCAGAAUGAACGUCUAGGACUCUGAUAUUUAUGAUAUGUGAGGGUAAUAUGUCAAAAUAUUUCCUUAACGUGUAUCAGCCAUUCUUUGCAAUUUUUAAUUUUCUACAGAUAGACUGUUCUUUUAUCGAAAAGGCUUAACGUAAAACAAAACACAAGCUGACCUAAAAAUGAACUUUACGUCUUGAAAUGAUCUUUAAUUUUGCACAGAAAGAUCCAAUGUCCUUUUUUACUUUUUUUCGCUUACAGACGUCAUUUAUUACUGCCUGUUUAACAUAUGGCAAAUUGCAUGGAUAUUUGUGGCUCUAUUAAAGUUAAAUAUUUUGCAACGCGUUUGAGCUAGUUAAAAUAUAUUAUCGCACCUAGUUGGGCGAUGAUUCGUAAAAUAUACAAAUUAUCAAGUUCUUUUUUAUAGUCGCCGCGAUAAUGCUCGUUUGGAAGCCUGACUUUAAACGACAAAAUCCAGGAAGUUAACUUGCAUCUGGAAAUGGUCAUUCUUUUAAAUUUCCUGAUUAUUAAAGGGAACUGAAAGCAACUAUGGUGUGUGCGAAGAACACUUCAAUUCCAGCACUCUUACAUUUGACUUAAUUAUUAUUUAACAAUUCAAAUCGAAUACAUCUCAUGUGGAAAAACUACUAAAAUUGCUGGCAGUGUAAGACAAUAUAUUUAACCAAGAAGGCCCGAAGGAAAAAUAAUGCUGCUCUACAUUUUGUGACACCAAUCUCUCAUCCGACGAAAUGAACAUCAUCCUUGUUCAUUUAUCUUAAUAAAACGUUACUGUUGCCACCGUGAACAUUCAAGGCUGAAGCCUUUUUUAUAACGAGCAUUUUUGCAUCACAAAUACGUACAAUUAAUUUAAUGAACCAAGAGAUGCACUGAAACUUACGAAACAUUUCUAAUUACUUCCAAACCGACAAAACGAGUGAACAAAAACCCCGAAUUAAUAAUGAGCGACAUCACGCGAAUUGAAACAUAAAAUAAAUGUAGUUGUCGAGAUUUUCUUUCAGAAAUAGACUUUUUAAAACGCAAAAGUAAAGAAAACGCCAAAAUCCCUAAUAUUGAAGAUUCUUAUGUUCAAAAUGUUUAAAAAGGCUGUCUGUGCAACCAAAUGAGUGAAAAAAACACAAAAAGUGGAAUUAAGUUUGCAAGAGUAAGUUGGAUAUAAGAUUUUCCUUAAGGUCUUCGUUAACAUUUUACCGAUUUCUAAAUAUAAUCUCUUUUCUUUUAUCAUAUGACAUCCGACUCAUGUGGAGAAAAAGAAGUCUGUUUCAAAGUAUGGUAGAUUUUGGGUUGUUAAACAUCAAGCCGAGACCACUCUUGCCUAAUUUAAAAUGAGGUUUGGAUGCGCAAACUUAGUACAGGAGGACUAUUGGCAAAUAUACCUAACAAAAUACAAGGUUACGUGGUUUUUGACUCCAAUGUAUAAACAUGCAGACUGAGACGAUUGCAUAUAAACGCACUCUAUAUGCAAAAGAACACUUUCUGUUCGGAUUAGACAAACAAACAAAACAUGCAUCAUCCUAAACGCAAAGUAAUUGUCUCAAUUUUCUUUAACGCGUUUCAUAAAACAGACCAUAUCCUGUAUAUUAAUUAUAUUCGGGAAAUAACUUGUAAGCUGCACUUACCACAAAUCAUACUGAGAUAAAAAGCGCUCCCAUUUAUAGGCCUUGACAGCAAAAACAUGAAUAACAUCCGUUUGAGCUGGUUCUUAUGUUACAAUUAUAAGAACCUUCUUUAUGUGAAUAUGUGCCGGCAGUCUUAUUACUUGCUUGUAGUAAUUGUGUGUUACCGCGAUUCCAUAGAGAAUAAUCGUCUUUGGCCCAAUUUUCCCUAAAACUUUGUCUUUUACUUUAAAAUGUUGUUUUAAAUGCUCGAAUGCAUGUCACUUCACCAAAGUAUAGAAAACGUCUCAAUAUUGCAAAGUUGUUUAAUUUAAAAUUGCAUGUGAUAGGCUUUGCAUAUGUUAUGAGCAGUAUUUCGUCAUAUUUGUUCGUGGUUCCGGAAACUGUUCUAUUAUAUUUGCAUGACAAAUUAGUAACGUCGACACCUAAAUAUGUUUCUAAGUACUCUCCCUUCACUGACCAGGUGGUAAGAGAUGGGGAUACAUUGUUGACGAAAAAAACGCUAACAGGUUGGAAGUUAGCUGCCGCCAAUAUACCGCAUGUUAAAGCAGUUUGGCAGUUGCUUCUAUAAUUACUAAUAUUUGACAUACUGCAAGCCUUAAGAGAAUGAAGGAAGUAGGAUUUAAGGGGAUCUGCAGAGAGAGCAAUUUUACAUCCAUGAAGAAUUACUCUCCGUUUGCCGAAUACGACUUUUCGAUAAAUAGAUCCGAGUUCAACAGCUGCCGAAAGACAAUAGUUUGCAGUGAAGUAUUAUUUUUGAAAAGAAGAUAUAGAUCAAGAUUUUAAAGGCUAACAUAGUAUUGUACUAAGCCUGUCAUUAGCGGAAAAGUAAGGGAUCAAAUAAGGUGAGUAUCCUUCCUUGUCAACAAUAUCCAUGGUCUGUUGUCGUCACUCUUAUAAAAUAAUAUGAAAUUGUACUAACAAUAGCUGCUAACAUCAACUUUCCUUGAACGAGAAUACCUUGGCGUCCAUAAAUUAGUAUUGGGUUCAUUAAACUAAAAUAAAAAACUGGAAAUUCACUUGUAAGGCUUAGAAACCAUCUUUGUUUAUUGUCCUUCCGAAUUACUUCAUGUAUUAUUUAGAUGUUACUUUGAUAGGGGCAAUCAAUGAUGUUUUGGAUGAAACUUCUUACGGUCUUAUACCUAAAUUAAUCUAACACGUUCCAUAUUGUGAGGUAUGGGAUUUGAUUUGGUUAGAACGUUUUGAUCGUCGUAAGAUGCAGAGGCUCAUUAUAUUUACCCACUAUUGCAAAACGGUGCUGUAACAAAGUAUACAGUUUUGACUGGAAAUAAUGACAAGUAAAACAAGUACGUUUGACAGUCUGCUGUCGCGAUUUUGAUAUUGUGAAGGUGAAUGUUCUGCCUUUAUCUACGCAUUUAUAGGUGACUAUCAUCGCGCUGGUGGAAACAGUCAUAAUCAGGGAAACAGCCAUUACUACUCGUCUUCAUUUGGUUCCGAAUCUCACAGCUACCACGGAACGGGUGGGGCACAGCAUCACACAUCCCACGGCGGUGGUCAUUUCGGGGGUGGAGGACACGGGGCCAUGGAUGCCACAUUCAUUUGGAAGCUCAGCAAGCUCGGUCGCAUUGGAUCCAGCAGGUUGCGCUUUGAUGAUGAUUUUGCUGAUCGGCUUAACUACCAGUUCAGCGGUGUCUUAAUGUUCCUCUUCAUUGGAGUUAUCGGCAUUCGACAAUAUGUCGGUUAGUCCACUCUACUUGUUAACUUUGCAGUCCCUAGCACUUUAUAUCCAGCUCCAACCGAUGAUUCUUCUUUAUACUCUUGUCUGACGCUAACCAAACAUCCAGCCAACAAAGACAGCUCGCCAAGUUCGCAAUUUUCUGCUUAAUAAUCAAAAUUAGGCAGAGAUAGCACGCCCUAAGGUGCCGGAGGUUCUGAGGGCUUAAGCAAAGUCAACAGUUUUUCUAGCAAGGUCCUCAGCACUGCAUUACCAACUAACAGUAUAUUCAGAGGUGUUUUGGCAGAUUUCAAAUAAUGCACGUUGACCCCACUAUUGAAAACUUGGUGUCUAGAUGGACUUCGAGUUCAGGACAACAAAGGACAACUUUAGUACAGCCAACGCUCUAACCCUCUGAGCUACGAACCGUUUAUCGACUAAGAUUUGUAAUAGUCCGUUAUAUUGUAGUAGCAUGCACCACUCUAUACAGAGUGACGGCCACUAAAUCCAGCAAAUGCGAUGAUGAAGUUUAAAUUUAAAAAAAAACGACUUGAUAAUGUAAACAUGGAAUCCAUUUCUGUUAGUUUACUCAAGUAAGUUAUGGCCAUAGACAUUGCAUGCCGUAAAAGUUACUGACUUGUUCAAGCAUAAGAUAAUGAAAGAGUGAAAAGUGGAGUCUUAUUCUCGUUGCGUUUCGAAAUUACAACGAUGAACGAUCGGGGCACAUUAAGCUAGCUUGAACGCAAUCAAAUGUUAAGUACAUAGUUUGCGCAGAAAGUUGUGUUGACGAAUGAACAAUUAAAUUCAGAUAAAAACAAACCCGCCUAACCUUAUUGAUCAAAGAAUGAGUUUUAAAAAAAUAGAAAUAUUUCCCGGUUGUGAAUAUAUUUGACGGUAAAGAAAGCCACAUCCUAAGACUAUUUGCAUCUGAUAUAACAGGUUUUUUGCUCACUUUACUAAAAGAAUUUGAAAGGACAUAUAGAAACGUUUUUAAACUCCCAGCAAGGCCACAUUAUUGAACAUUAGAUUUUUCCUCCGUUAAAUGAUAUUUUAUCCUUUCGCAUGAGAAUAGCUUUAUGGGUGAAACGCUGCGCAAACCAAUACGAUAAGUAAUAAUGACAGACUGCAAUAGCCCAGACACUUGGAAAAAUCGGUUUUGACAUAAAACUGGGUAGAAAAUCAGUAACUCGCAUAUUAUACACGUCAAUAUGAAUGGGCUUAACUGUCCAUAGGAUGGUUGUGUUUGAAAAUAUUUCUAGUGAUGUGGAAUAGUCGAUUAAAUGCAGGAGGACAUAUUUGUUGUUCAUUGCUAUGAUAAACAAGUAACGCAUGUAAUAUUGCCAGUAACUUUUGAUAAAUCCCAUUGUGCUUUGGGUAUAGCAUGCCAAAAUUGUAAUAACCGGUCAAGCAACGUUUGACAAAAGAGAUGAAUAUAUUUUACGUUCUCUUAUAUAAUUUAUCGAAUGAUUUGUAACUGAUCUAACUGAGCAUUCGCUGACUCUUAUUUCCUUUGUGUUAGAAUUUAUAUGCGCGACAAGUAAAUUAGUUUAAGCAUAACUAUGCAGACGACCUCUAUUUGGUCCUCGGUUUGUCUAUUUAUUAGCUAUUAAGGGCUUAAGAAUUGCAUCCGUGUGUAAGUAGUAACGUUUGCACUACAGGAUAUAGUUUGGUGACAAGGAGUUUAAAGGGAAUCAUUCGUUACGCUUUUCCACUUAGUUAAUGGCGGGAUGGCGUGAGAUUUUAAUUAAAUUUACGCGCCAUUACAACUGUGUUAAUCGAUGUGGAGGUUUAUCGUAUGCUCUGGUGUAACUGUUUAAGGCUAGUAAAAGAAAACCAACUACAGCCGCAGACCUAAAUCGGGCCUUGGGUUUAAAUAAGUUGGUCGUCGCUUUUGCGGCUAGACUGUUUUGAAAAUUAUGGGUUGUCACGCAAUCGACGAUGUAAAUUUACUUCAUUUAUUCGAGGUUCACACCAUACUAAGACCUACGUUCUUCGUUGAUCAGAAUGCAUAAGCGCAAAAGCGUUUGCGAGGGCAUUCAUGAAAUUUUUUCAGAGUUGCGUUAUUCGGUUCAUAUAUCAUCUUGGCCCCCAACAAGUUCAGCAAAAGUACUGGUGGUUCAUCAUGCAAGGCAUUUUGUCACGCAUGACUCGAGCCAUGACUUAUUGUAACUAAGUAUUUUAUACACCUCAGGAUGCCAGUCUUCGAAGAAGAAUCCUAAAAUGAGCUACAUGAAUAAUGCUUUCGUAGAAAUUAUUGCUUGACUAACGCGAGUUUUACUUUUUUAAAUGCUCGCGUACGCUAGCUCAAAGCCUCAAGGCAGAGAGCGUUUCCUACAAUCAAUUUAUAAAAAGGUGCACACUAGAAAAAUGUGGGCUUUGGUGUUUACAGGGUUCGUUCGUUGGCGCAAAGUAAACCAGCAUUUUCAUUUUCACGAACAGUUACUUGUUUUUGUGCUGUGUGCACGCCCCUUGAAAAUAAGUUAUCUCUUUAUGCUACAAUGAACGAGUUCCCUGCUGGUUAUAUAAUCAUUUAGUGUAGAUAGGUUAUGGUAAUACUUUUAAGGGGUUUGGAGAAUUAAAGAUAUAAAGCUUUAUGAAAUUAAAGGCCAGAUCUUAAAGACCUCUGGAGAGUGCAGGCCUUAAGUUAAAAAUCGCAACCCCUUCGAUACAAGUGUGGUUUUAGGCAUUUUAGAAGGUCCAGUCGAAUGUGCUUGAGGCAUCGAGAACAAGUUUAAAAGUUACGAGUAAAAUAGCAAUUUAGUUGCUGGUAUGCUUCACGCAGGCGGACAGAGAGGUGCUCAACCGAAGAACAGUAUCGUCACCUGUAUGAAUUUUGUUAAGAUUACCUCUACUGCUCAGUACUCCAGAUACACUGACGUAACGGUUUCUCUAAAAAGCAAACUUCGAAAGUUAGGGAUAACCCACGGGGCUUUAGUCGCACGUCAUGCAUCUCAGCUGAGUUUUUGGAUGUGAAAGCAUUUUAUUCAUAUUUGAAUGAGGCAAGCAUUUUUGCGUAAUAUCUGGCUUGAUGCACCUGUAUUUCGCUGUGCGUGUAUGACAUGAUUUUUGACCUUAACGAGUGAAUAGUGUUUGAAUCGAUACCUUUAUUUACAUAACAAGGAGUGCUCUUAAACUGUAUUGGAUUUCAAUAAGUCUGACUAUGUGAGUACUAGUGAGUUUCAAUAACUUAAGCGAAAUAAAACUCUGUUGAAUCGGCCAUGAUUUUCUGAGUGUCGAUUUGCACAAACGGCUUUCUUACCACUUUGAAAGAAAGAAUACUGCCAACCAGGAGAGGUAGCACAAAAGACUCAUCUGUUUUGGCAUUGCUUACAAGGGCUAUGAGCUCCUCGUACAGAUAGAAGGGAUGCGAAGUGCAAACAACGCAUCAAGCUGAAAUUAAAAAUAUGCUGGCCGCAAGAUAUGACCCUGAAGAGACUGUAUAUUUAAAUAAAGUUUACUAUAGAAUAUUUGCCGCCUGAAUUUUUCGUCAGAGUAAUUAACAGUCAGAAGUUUUACAGACUUUUCAAACAAAAAUCUGACUUUUAAUACAUAUCGGUCUUAGUGAAUACUCUGUAAAGGGCAUUUUGCAAUUUACCAUUAGCAAAUAUACAACCUGCGUUACUAUGUUCUCAAAAUAAAUGAAAACUCAGAAUUGCAUGAUUCCAAAAUUGUUCAAAAAAGAAUAAUGCAUGUCAGUUUACGUAUAAAUUUUGACAUUAACUUUUUAAAAUAAUUCACGGGCUUUUCACUAGGUUGAUUUCAAAGCCUAGUAAGCGUGACCUUAUACUUAUUAUUAUUUCGUUCCGUGAAUCAAGGGAAAAUAAAGCAGGGUAAAUUGCUUCAUUGAAAGAUGCUCACUUGUAUUAGGUUUUGCGUCUACAAUGCUAAUUAUUCCCAAAAUUCAGGAAGAAUAGAAUAGGCAAGUGAAAAUUUGUAGCAACCCGGUAAGUUUUACGAUCACCCAAAUGUAAACUUAAGCAAAGAAUAAGUUUCUGUAGGUAAAGCAUCGCUGUGGCGAAUAAGUCGCAAGAACCUGAUUUACGGAAGACGCAUGUUAAGUGGUAGUUCAAACGACUAAUCGAAAAAUAGAUAAGUCUAUGGAAAAUCGUUUUUGCGAUCCGCAACCAUAAAAUGUUAACCUGAAGAGAUGCCAUUUGACUUAUAAGCCGGACAGUUCAAAUGAUUACCGACACACCUAGCAAAAAAAAUUAAAAUUCAUAGAACGUCUUUACACCUUGCAGUUACUUGUUUAUUUUCAAUAUUGUAAACUGAUAUGCAACUCUUUGCCUUUAAAAAUCAUAUUUGUCCUGCAAAAACCCCAAAUGAGUUAUUGAGAUUCCAUUAUAAGGUAGUUCAAAGCUCAAAGCUGGUUUAAGUUUUUUGUAUAGAUUUAAUUAUGCUACUUUAGGUCGCAUCUUUUAUGCGCAGAUAUAAAGUGAUUUUUAGGUGAUAGAGAAUAAUACUCAAUCUAUUAUUAGUUUUCAUAGGGGACUGUAUGAAAUGGAGGUGAUGAUGCUUUAUAUCACCCUCUGCGUAAUGUUCGUAACGUCAUAUUUAGGGUAAAAAAUAUUGGUUUGUAAAACAAACAACAAAUAACUACAGCAUUAAGAUGCAACAGACGAGAUUGUGUGUAAAUCUCAGGAAAUGGAAGCUUUAUUUUGCAAUGUGCUUAAACUUUUGUCAGCGGCCAAUAAAAUGAUUUAUAUUUUCGGCACUUCGUCAAGAAGCUUAUUUGGUUAUCUUCUUUAUAUGAUGUUUUUUGCUUAACAUAUUAUUCGAGUGCAAGAAGUACUCUCUCGGAUAUUACAGGACAAGAUAUAUAUAGUAUGGUAUAAACAAUUGGCCAGUGCUACUUAUCAAACCUACCUAUGCUCAAAAAGCUUUGGCGUUUAUAUUAUAUAUUAGUUCAGGAAGAAAUUGCCAGGUAAAACGAACAAAAUGCAAAUUUUUAAAACAGUUCUGAUCGUGUGUGCAACAUAAUUUUGUGGACUAUGACUCAUUAACUUGAGCUUUUAUUGUAGCUGAUGAUUUACCGUAGACACACAUUUGACGUUUAUUUUUUGCCUACAUCUCAGGAUGCAUCGAUCCACGUAAAUAUCCAUGUUUUCCUUACUUUAAUGCCGACAAGCCUAAUCCCUUUGCGAUCAGCACAAAUGGUUUUUGGACUGCCAAAGCGGGCAGUCGCAUUCCUGUUGCGAUAUGUUUAAGUCGUACAUCACUAACGUCCACCUUCACAUGACCUGAAGCCGGAGAAAGUUUUAUGCUUUUUUCUUUCGAGAACGAACUGCCCAGCACAUGUUCAGUAGGAUUUCUGACCUGACAUUCCUGCGUCCACGAGGUCGUGGGGAAUCUGUAAAGGUCGAUAGUGGUGCAUGCUAGUUUACGCUCCAAGAAAUCAGCCAUGUCAGAACAAGCAAACAAACAGGGUCAGAAACUUCAAGUUAUAUAUUUAUAAGUUUCUGUUGACAUUAAAAGUGCGAAAUAACGGAGUCCCCGAUAAAAAUCCAUUUCGACAUCUGCGAAAUCUGUUAAGAACUACACAAAUAUUUUUGCCCACAAGAUUCUAAGAGUAUAAAAAUUGACCCAAAAGUUUACAAUCUAGAGGAAACAAUCAAAUUUGGAAAGAAAGUGAAAAAUGACAAUUCAUGCUAAAGAUGUUUCCCGCAGGAUAAGGCAGGGUUAGGUCGACAUAUGCGGCUAUUACACAAACAAAUGCCAAAGCUGUAAUAGCAGAGUUGUUUUCACAUGUCAUGAUACUUUUUUUGUAUGCAAAGAGCAUUGCACGAUUUCACUUUUAGAUAAGGAAGAAUGAGUAUGAUAUGGUUCGCGUGCUCAGUUUUCGAAAUCACGUCGCUAUAUAAAGAAUUUUACUUUGAAGAUCUGGGUUUACUUAAAGACACCACCGUCGCACACUACAGCAUAUUAAUAUUUUUGCGUUUGUCAUUAGUAUGGAAUACUGUUCUUUAUACAGAAACGUCUCAUAUAAAUUCCCUUUUUUAUUUUAUAGUAAAAACGCUUAUUGAGCAAACAAACUCACGUAUACUUACCUAGCCUGCAGGGCUGUAUUAAAAAUGCUGGAAUGCAGUAUCUAUUCAAGAGACGUUUUGCCAUUCCACUGAGCAUCAAACGUUUUAAAAACGAACUAGAGUCAUAAAAUGGCUGGCGGAUCUUCAAUACGCAGUAAUUUAUAAAUGCUUUAAUGACACGCAUGUGCAUUAGUUUCUGGAAAGGUCCAAGUUUUCAAGGCAUUAAUUUUAUGGACAAAGUAAUCUUAACAAAACUUUGCGCAAUGUAAUGAUUUAAAUAAUAACGAAUAAAUGAUUUAUCAUCGUAUGCGACUGCCAUGCCGAAUUUGUGGACUUUAAACGCAAACCUCGAUCAUCAUAAGAAGAUUCAUUGAUUAUCCUGCUCUGUGUAUUCUAGGUGCCAUAUCUAUAAAAAUAAUAUUUUUGGAAAGUUACAAACGUUGACGAAUAAAAUUGACCAUUUGAAUUUCCCCCGUUAUUUACCAGGCUAUCUUAUUUUGCGGCAAAAACGUCAAUAAAUGGAAAAGUAAAUUUUACGGCAAGUCAAAAGAAUAGAAAACUAUAGGCGUUUGAUAUUUUGGCCUACGAAUGGAGUACAGUGCCUGCAGCACGCUAAAAGUCAUGAAGGUGCAAAUGAGCAUUGCACCAAUUUUAAAAAUGACGCGGAGUUGGUAGUUGUUAAUGUCUGAAAUGGAGAAAAGUUGAAAUUUGAUAAUAGCUGGAAAAUAAAAGAAGAGAUUUUUUGCCGUGAAAGACUGCGUUGCGAUGAUAAACAACUCACAACUGCAGAUCAAGCGGCGUGCCUUCAGUCACAUCUUACUAGCUUUGUUUCUCGUUUUCGUAUUUUAUAGCAGUUUUUGAAAAAAGACCUACACAAGGGCUGUCUCGCUUUAGAAGCAUUGUUGGAUUUUUAUCAAAGUUUUUGCAACAGUUACAAGGACAACGGGGCAGAUAUCUCCAUAAGCACCUUUGUCGUUCGUUGCACAAAUUUUUCAUUUUUUAAAUACCUAGUCGCACUUAUUUCAAUCUAGAAUCAAAAGUUGCUAAAUUUUAUGCAACGAUAACUUGCAUAUUUAUUGCUUAUUUAUAGCCUGGUUAUGUUUCGACAAAACACGCGCAUUCGUUGAUGAGUUGGCGAUAGUGGGGCCGAUUAACUUAGCUUCUUUUAUCGCAUGCAUUUUAAAAUUUUGAUGCAUACCUUAAUCUCUCAGAACCCUGUCACGUGAAAUUAAACGUCCCUCCACACUUUUGGUCAAAUAUCCCUACGCUGUGUUUAUAAAAACAUCAGUAUAAAGCUACAGUGCAUGCGGAGUUACAUUAUAGAGAAAUAAACCGAAGGUCGACGUCUAAUUACCUUCUCCACUUAAGCAUUAGAUUCAGGUUUAUUCACUUUCUACUAUUUAAAUGCACUUUGAAAACUGGCAUACACGUAGGCGUAUGAACCGCCGGAAGACCGGAAUAUACAUUCGGUAAAGCAGAUUAUUUAAAGAAAGUCAUUCUUCGACAAAUCAGUUUGGCCUCGGCAUUAAGCGGAAUCUUAACCCAACGGUUUUAAUAGUCAUUAGUUUUAUCUAUUAAAUUAUUUUACCGCUUUGGUUGUCUAGGUUUCCAUUUUCAAGUCAGUAUCCUUCACGAGACCGCAUUAUACCCUCUGCUGUAAUUAUUUUUUUUAUAUAAAAGACUAUGGGUCGUAACUUAGGCAUUAACAGAGCACAUUUUUCAGCUUGCAACUACCAUUGUUCAUCCACUUGGCGCUUUCUAGAGUACGAAAGUCGCCAUCACCAAACACAAUAUCGAUAUCACAAUUCACAACAAUUAACACCAGCGGCAGACUGAAGCAUCGUGCGUCAAUAGGUCAACUGUUAAUGCAUGGAGAAUGGGUUUGGGUUCUGUGAUAAAAACUACCAUAACUGUCCUGUGGACGAUGGAAGACGGCGGUGGGCAUUAUCAAUCUUGCCGGUGCAAUUAUCAGCAUCAUUUGAACAGACUGAACUGGUUGCUGCUAUACGGCUGUUUUUUAUCGGUGUUCUUCCUACUUUCUUACCCAUUUUGCAAUUCUAGUAUGAAUAUUGCUUUCGUGUACACACUCAGGGUAGCCAGACUACCAUUUACUUAGUAACAGUAACAAAAGUCCUGCUGCCGGAUUUCAUUUAAAUUCAGUUACCCUAGUAGUUUACUAGAGGAUUAUUAUGCGUCUAGUAGGCGCGCGGCUGCUGGAAAUCCUAAUGAGUCUCUUAUUUAAACGCCCUGUUUUUAUCUAUAAAGAGAGAUCUAUUGACUCAUAACGUUUCCAAAACUAUAUUCGAUCAUAGGUAAACCAAUCCAGUGUUGGAUACCACAGGAGUUCACGCGUGGCUGGGAGGAGUAUGCUGAAAACUACUGCUGGGUCGCUAGCACCUACUUUUCACCCCUAGAUAAGCGACUUCCUUCGACCGGCGAUCGCAGUGCCAAUCUCAUCGUUUACUAUCAGUGGGCUCCCAUCUUGAUGGCCAUUCAAGCACUACUGUUCUACUUGCCCUGUCUUAUCUGGCGAUUAUUCUACUGCCACUCUGGUUUUAACGUGCGGCGAAUCAUGCAGAUGGCAAACGACUCAAACAUUCUAUUGCCGGAACAUGGAUUUAAAAAUGUUCGCUUUAUCGCUCGCUACAUGGAGAGUUGCAUUUACCGACAACGUGACUACAAGAACCGAGACUGUGGUCGACGGGACAACAAUGCACGAUCUUCAAUGGCGCCUGCAAAUUUCCCUUAUCAAACCUCCUACCGGAUGGGCUUACAGCAAUUUCCCGUGUCCGGUGCUGGCCCAGAGACGCAAUUCCUUGCGACGAGUGAACGUCCAGAGCACGGUCUACCUCCACCCCAAUACUCCAAGUCGGUGACUGAGAGUGCCACGCCAGAGACUCGUGGCACUGUCUCCAGACCGAUGCACCACAGGGGAAUUGUGCGAAGUAACGGGGAAGCGACGGGAUCUCUCAGUCUCUCCAGGCGUCACAAAUCGCGAAAUUCCCUCUGUGAGAGGCUGAAAUUUGGUUUCCGUAAGGGUUCCCGUUCGGCCCUGUUAGGAAGACGGAGCAGAAAGUCGCCUUUAAACCCUAUCACAGACAGCCCCGCUAUACCGGGCGUGCUCUCCGUGUCUUGUGAUCUCGGAGAGCCCGUCGGUGGCCUUGGCAAAAUAUCAGCCCAUAAAGGCUGUUUUAAUCAAUCUCAGUCAAAACCAUGGUGCUGUGGCAGGCGAAGUGGAAACUUUCUGGUCGUCCUUUACUUCUUUGUCAAGGUUCUUUAUCUGAUCAACAUCGUUGGGCAGCUUGUGCUCAUGGAAAAGUUCAUUGCACCAAAUUAUGCCUUCUACGGCAUUCGAGUGUUGUUGGAUCUGAUUCAAGGUACACAAUGGUACACGUCAGGAAAUUUCCCACGAGUGACAUUUUGUGAUUUUGAAGCCAAGAAGCUAGGAAAGAACCAAAGGCAAGUACUUAUGCAAGUAUGCUUACUAACUAUGGCAGUAUUAAAACUAUUUGCCUGACUUGAUUAAGAGAACGGUCUAUUAAUACCCAUUGAUAAGUUUUUUGCGGUUAGGCAUCGCUAAAGAUUAGAAAAUCCGAAGAAAGCAAAAGAUAGAUUAAUUUUUACGACACUUUUAGGCAAACUAAGAAACUCCUUUAGCAAGAGAACAUUGCAGACGAGAUCUUUCUUUUGUCUCUUCGUUUGAUUAAAUGGUCUAUUUAAGUGUCCGUGAAGUUUUUUGAAAAUGAUGUUAUAGAGAGAGUGAAAAUAGGUUGUGGCUGGCACAAAUAAUACUGGCAAGUUAGAAAUAGUGUCGACUAACUUUGGAAGAACGGAACAACCAUUUGUGGCUUAUUUCUCACUAUUAGACAACCCCACCAACACUUGAGGCGCUGAGGGACCAAAGGCUGGAAGCCCAUUUCAGUGGGAAAUUUCGAAGUUUAAGUCUAAAACUCAUGAAGCCUGAGCUGCUGGGCUUGUCAUCAUACGCGAUUCGACCGCAAUGCGAAUACUUGAUACAGGGUUCCAAGUUUAUAAACUCCAAACAAUCCCAAAUGCAGCCGACGGAAGAUGAGCCCCAUGCCUCAUUUGCUAAAAUCCCUGAACCCGAAGUGACAUAUUGAAACCAUAUUUAAAGCACCGGUGCGGUGGCAGAUUUAGUUAAAGUGGUGUUAUCUCAUAGCGGAGUAAAAGCCUGAAAAGGUGAUUACAGUGAUUACAUUCCCAGUUUUCUGAGUACCGUUUGUAGAGAAAUCAUCGCUGUGGGCUUGAGAAUUUAAAGUACUAGGCCUAAUGUCACAACCCCUUAUUAGCUCGGCAAUCAUGCUAGAGCGUGGAGCGCUGGCCUUUCGACUGUGGUAAUUUUCAACUUGGUAAAAUAAAGGUGCGUACAGAAGGAACAAUAUUUUUCGAUACCCAAUGUGUCAGUUCUGCCUAGGCGCUGCGUGCUGGGAGCUUAUCAGUGCGAAACUAGCACUCCCAGGCCUAUUUCCACUGUUGCAAUACUUUUUGCCUUUUUAUUUUUGCCUAACUUUCCUUCAACUAAACAUAAGGCAGAAGAAACGCGGGAGGAGGAUGGCGAGAACUACUUCAGUUGGUCUGUUUUUCGUAAAACCAAAAGCGAGUUCAAAUAGAAGCAAAAGCAUAUCCUAAGCUGCAAUGAGACGAGUUAAGAUCAUGAUACAGAGAUAAGUCAAAGUGACACACCUAGCAUAAGUUAAAUACUAGUCUGGGCAUCGAGUUACGAAUGAGCUAUGAAAGUUAUUUUGUGGCUGUUAUGCAAGCUGCCCUUACGCUGUUAGUUCAACUUGUGUUUUGACUGUACACAUUUUUGAUUUACUUGACGAGACUUCAGGAAUUAAUUUCAAAUUGCUAUGCUAGUAUAAAAAGAUUUCAAAGUGUAAAGGUGUAAAUUGGUGAACGUAAUGACCAUGACAGAACCUCGAAACAGGCCGCAAGGGUUUGGUCGUGCUCAAAGCUCAAAAUCACAUACCAGUGUCUCCUGCACAGACCGAGUUUAAAGACAGGCGUAGGAACAAACGAUAAUUCAAAGUAAAGUAGAGUCUUAACAUUGAUACUUAAUUUGCUGACCACGGAGUAUGGUGACUGACAACUGCGGAAUCUCACUUUAAACAUUUUCGUACGUUUUGUCAGUUCAUCUUUUUAAGAUUAAUGUAGGUUAAGAUUGACAUUCGCUCUAUUUUCUAUGCUUGUGAUCCGUAAGAGUAUUUGUGAUAUAAAUAUGCAAAGCCUAAAUAAGUAGAUCAAAAAUGUCAAUGGAUGGGUUUGCGGCAAUUCAAGCACACUCCAAAUGCAUGACAACUUGUAUUUAAAGUGAGAGGCAACUUAUGACAUAUGAAAAUAAAACUCCGAGAAUCGCAACAAAGGGCGGUUCUGUGUGUUAUUCAGAAAGCAGCAAGGUUUUUACAAUGUCGGCAAUUAUUUUUCAUCUGUAAGUAAUUAUAAGACUAUUCACGCGGAUAGGGUUAGUGUGUUAAAUUCGCUUUCUGGCGGUUGAGGCGUAGGUAGACCGCAGUCAGUAACUCAUUCUGCCUACCAGUGCGAUAGGCAAAGCAAAGUUUCAGCCAUUCUCUUCUACAGUAAAACAACAUAUAGGACCUCUUAAAAAGGACGGAUAGUAUGUUGCUCGCACGAAUUAGUAUUGGUGUGUUAGGAGGGCUAAUAAAUCGUGCUAAUGGAUUUAUACAGUACUUACCGAGGUCAAUAUGACGGUUGACGUUGUUGGUACCGAGAUGUCAAGCCCAGAGAAACCUGCCUGUCUGAUGCACACUCCGCCAUUGCAUCCUAACUCAACUGACAGCUAUAUUUUUUGCCAAAAAUUGCCUUCGUAUUUAGUACAAAAUCACUUGGCUAUUAAACAAUGGACUCAGUAAUCGACAAAUUUGAUAAAUAAUAUUCCGUCCACAAAUGGGGCAUAUAUUACUAGCUUCCAUCUGAAAACAACAGUAAAGUCGAAAAAAUAUUAUAACAGCAGGCCCAGACAACUCCAAAAAUCUCUAUGAUAUAUCCACUUUUCGGUAACUUCACACGAUCACGCCACGGUCGUCUUAAAGAGAAAAACGGUUAAAUACCGCCAUCAAAUAUUAAACAGUGAUGUCUCACUAAAACGUUUUACUCACAAAUUGAAAUUAAUAACAGCUCACGACCUCAAAACUCUUGUUUCAGGUGUAAACUCAAGCGCUUAAACUGUCCUUGUCUACCUUCUAAAAAGAAGUAAUUCAAAAUAAAUUUAAACAUGACCUUGAAUAGAAUAGCAACAAAUGCAUGUCUAGCAGUGAAUAGAACGAUCGCUGUCAUCCAUUUAUGUCUAAUGGGUACACACCGGACCUCGUCAAAAUGUACUACCACGGGUCUAAAGCGCCAUCGAAAACAACCAGGACACAAAGUUGCCCACAUAUUCGGCGACCUCUGCUCUCCUGUGCACGUCGGUUACAACGUUUGAUACUUGGCGACCCGUCUUCUUAAACAUAAACGGCUGCCCGGCCGCAUGAUCCCCUACCGCUCGUUCCUGUGUUCUUACUGAAAAAUGACCAUUGUUUCAAUUGGGAGACAAUCGAGGUUAUUAUGACUCCUGUCAGACGUUUUGGUUUCUCUUGACUCGGCCCUUCAUCGUCGAUAUUUCUAAGCAGCUUAUUGAACGAAGGGUGAAUUAGUCAGUCCUAUAAAUGAGUCACACUGGAUGUUUCCAUUUGCGAAGCAUCGUGACAUGACAAUCGUAUAUCAUUCACGAUUUCAAUUCUGGUAGCACUUGUUCGUAUUGUGGACGUAUUGACAGCAUCUUGAAAACGAGAUAGAUACAGAUAUAAAUACUCAUCCUCUACCACAGGCACCCUAGAGAUAAACUCCAGCUGGGUAUUCGUGCUCGUGUCCUAAAUAUAACACAAGUCCAAAAUCUAACUCAAAUACUUGUCCUUAUAACCCCAACAUUAACCCUUCUAGCUCUUACGCUGACAUUGGUCCAUAUUCAAAUCCCCGUGAUUUGGCACGUUAUAAGCUAUUUUAUGGGAAUGCUUUUAAUUGUACUUUUGAAAAAAAGGGAAAGCGCAAAUGAAGAACAAAUUCCUAGCUUUACUAUGAAGUUACCGGUUUCAAAAUACUUCUGCGUUCCCAAUUGGACCUCAAAGUAUAAUUGACGACACGAUUCCGUAAUCAAAAAAAUAACUAGAGUUUUAACUUUAGUUUCAAAUCACCUGCUCCAGAAUGGUUGGGAUUCUUUGACUGAAAAUAAUAUGGCAACAAGGCGAGUGAAAAAAUUAGAUAAUACUCACAUUCUUUAUUCCUUAAAACUUCAACCUCCUGAAGAAGUUGUUUUUUAACACGCCGCAUUGAAGCAAAACUUUGGUCAGUUCAUUAGAACCAAAUAAACAAAUUAUGGCAUGCAUUUAGACGGGUUUUUCUGGAAAAUACGAAAACUUUGUUGCAAUUUUGCUGCGAGGGGGCGUUCUAACUGAUUUAGUAAAUUGCUAUACUAUUUUAUGACUGUACAUUUGAAUAUGAAUGCAGUGUUUUGGUAAAAGAGCAUAGCCUAACAUUCUAUACUAUUCCUUAGAGGAAAAAAGACUUUGGACCUUUAAAUCAUGUUUUUAAAUAAAACUUUAGAAAGGCUGGCACUAAUUUGCUCAUAGGAUUAAAAGAUGACUCCUAAGAAAUAGUGAGGUGGGAGAUGUGGUCAUAAGAAUAAGAAACUAGUUUGCAUUCCGCUUCGAAUGCAGACUUGGACCUACCAUCAGAGACAACGGCAUAGAAGGGCAAGGCAGUAAUUACAGAACGUCAUCGUCACGCAACUAUAUGUCGGUCACAAAUAUCAACUUUUCGGCGACCCAAAAACUGAUACGGGGCAGUGACAACUUGUUUAUUCGCACACAAGUCAUUAAAAAGCGUAAUUUUAUCACCUUUGAUGAUUGUUGACACGGAACUACUUAAUAAUAUUACUCACCGACACAGUUGCUUGAAACGGUGUUUAGCUGAAAACUUGCAGUUUGGUCAAUUACCCCGAUUGAGCAAAAUUGCAACAUCAGAUAUGGAGGUGAGGUGUCACUGCGGCUGUUAGUCGAACGUCGGCAGGUUUGUCCCGGUUUUUAUGCCACGUAAUGACAGAGUACCUUAUAGGAGACUGGAAGAUCAGGACGUCCGUUGAUUGAGCUGGCAUUUGACUACUAGGCCUCAGGCUAGUCGUCUUAUCUUUGAGCCAUCGUGGCUUACGGUAGGUGCUACAGGAGGGUUAACGACUUGAACGGUUUCUUCAGUGUGCACUACAGCCUGAGAGUUUAGAUCCAGCCUUUGCUGGUCACAUUUUUGCGAAUCCUCACCGCGGGGGAUAUCAGGCCGUCGCCCUCUCGAUUUCACCUUGACAAGGCCUGUAAAGUAUCGUCAAUCCAAAAAUAAAUAACACACUACAUAGUCAAUUCAGAGCAGCAGUUGCCUGUCACUUUAUGCAUUCAUUCCCUGAUUUGCAGACAAAUAACAGAAUUCUGAAAAAUGUUCAACCCGAUUCAACUAACACGCACUAAUCUCUGUUAUCACUCCCACAAAAUUAAUUGCAUGAAGUUCUUGCUUCAGCCUUUUUUUAAGUUCAAAAACGGGCAAUAAAUGAACGAAAGCACUAAUUAUAGGGUUGUACAAUGGUGUCCCGUAUCAUAAUUUGAACAGAGCAGAGGCAGUAAAACAUGGACCAAGUAAUGCCAGCGUAAUUUUUAAGACCUCCCGUCCAUCCGCGGAGGAUACUCUAUAAUUUCCAAGCUUGCAGUAUGAUUAAAAGCAUUCAAACACAAACGGGCCGGUUAGGCGUAUAAAAGACAGGGGACUUGGGUCAUACAUGCGGUAGGCUUGGUAAGAGGGGGUUUGGUAUUGUUGAACCAGCUUCGACUAUCGCUAAGGGUUUCAAAUGUGAUUGGGGCUACACAGAGUGCAGCAGUAGUCAACGACGUGGGCUAGGGAUUAGAGGAUAGGAGAGGGUUAAUUCCUCUCUCUAACUUGCGAUAUCAAUAAUGGUUGGACUGUGCACGAUACCCUUAAUCUUUUCUUGGCGUUAAAACAAAAACACUGCUGUUGGGUGCUGUGUCUGCCCACUAUCCACUGUUGACUUCAGCAUGACGUCGAUACCUGAUUUUCGGCUCACAGUGGUCAUCUGAGUAUAUGCUCAGUCAACCAAAUCAGCACAUUCUUUUGCCCAUUUACAAUCUCAAAUCCACGCAAACUCAUAAGCACGGCUUGAUGUGGUAAACAUAAGAAUAUUUGAAUAGGUCUGAGUAAAACAUUUAUAAUGGGGUCUAAAUCAAAAAGUAGCAUGUGGUUUAUGUCUGCUCAAUCGUAAACCAGAAACCAUCACUCGACGGGUUCGGACGUGCCAUCACGCCUGGGGACAUAGUACUCACAUUUCUGGGUUCCGGGAUGAAGAGGCCUGUUCCAAUAAAAACUCGCACACCCACGACACUCCUACCUCAAACCAGUGCUAUGAGCAGUCCAACCAGAUCCCUCUGUCAUUUAUAUGCCAAUUUCACCCGUCUGAUCUAAAUUGUUUUUUUUCAUCAUUUUAAUAGUUUGAUAAACAUGCACUGAUUGUUCACACUUCGCUAAAUUAUGUGUAGCAUUUAAUUUUGUAUGUCUUGUCAUCUUUGCCUUUUUCAAAAACUUUAUUGUACCAUUUGUGACAACAGUAAAAUAGGUGCAUUCCUCUUAUGCUUACUAUGAAAGCACUUGAAAUCUUGUAUUAGACUUAAAGGUUAUUUUUGAAAGGGUAAACUAAAUACGUUCUCUUAUUUUUAGUGGCACAAAGCAUUUGUUCCCAUUGUUGAUCGUCAAGUUUUCAGAUCGACUUUCCAGCGAAUAUUUGUACGAAAGAUUAAUGCUAGCUUCAAUUAGUCGCACACUGUCAUGCUUGCAAUACGUCUGUGUAAAUUCUUCAUUUUGAGGUGCGUGACAGCAACUCCUUUAAAUCUAAUCUACGCUGUUCAAACUUUAUUUAGUUACAUUAUUUUUGUUUCUAGUCCCGACACUUUAUAUAGCUGCUAAUUCCAGUUUUAAAAUAUGACCUUAAGCGAAAUGUGUGUUCUCAUAUUUUGCGGGCAUUUGCUUAAACUGACCAGCUCUUGAAUUCGUACGAUUACAUUGAAGCCUAGAGUGGUCUGCUUAUUGUGCUUUAAGUUUAGACCAACCACCCGUUGCAUUAUUACAAAAUUUGAAAGUCCUCUGCGUGUUUUACAGGCUUAUCCUGAGUGUAAAUGGACUAAGCUAAGAGAUCUGUUCAGUUUUAAGCCACUUGUAGACGGCAAGAGAACUGGUGCGGAUGGGCAGCACACCACAUUCUACGGUCCUGUUUAUGUUUAGUCAAUCCUCUCUUAAGCAUUCAUCGAGAGACGGAGAGAACACUGGAGGACUGGGACAUGACAGGCAUGCGGCGCAGUCGCCAUCGCCCACUCGCGCACUACCAGCAAAGCCGAACGUACGCAGCGAAAGCGUUCUGCCCAGAACUUUUGUACGCUGUUAAGGCAAAAUUAGCGCAGCAGUCUGCUCGAGUUAGGGGCAAGUAUGGAAAAGUAAGGAGUGCACAGAAGGGUGCUGAGCAUGAGUAUUGCUCAUUAAAAAUAAAUGUGAGCUAGAGGUUUUUGUCCAUGACCGUUCUACUCUGUCUUUACUUUCUAAAUUGUUUCAGUAAUUCGUUAAUCAGCGAGUGUAAGAUAUUUAGAUGACUUCCACACAUUUCUAAACGAGAAAUACUAAUUUGCGCAACAGAUAACGUCCGAUUUAUAGUCCCAUUUUGAUAGCAAAGUAUUUAAUUGUAUGUUAUAGGAAAUUUAACUAAAACGUUCCGUCGCACAGAAAGCACAACGCGUAACAGGGUCAUUUUAAUGAAUGUAGUAUACUUUAUUUCUGCAGAUACGUCGUUCUUGAAUACUUUGGUUGUCAUACAUGUUAUAUUCUGCUACAUCUUAGAACUUUGAAAAAAGUCGCCUUGAGCACCCAUUAAACGAAUAUCAAAAUUGCGUUAGGCCAGCGACUGAGUCCACGAGGCGUCAUAUACUUCACGCGGGUCCAGUACGUCUUCAUUCUCUGUUCAGAUUGCAGUGAACCAUUAGUUUCAGACUGCGAUGUGCGAGUAUACAAGUUUUGUUUAACUUUUGGCGUCAUGCCAGAUCUCAAUUGCUCGUGUAUUAUUUUAUUUAUUUUUCUAAAUCCCAGGUUAUGAACCCACAUGUUAUCUUUACAGUCAUCCCACAUUCCAUCGCCUUAAAGGGAUUUACUAACAUCUACGCCCAAACUCAUGUCUUACAUUCACACCUACACCCCGCAAUAUUAAAUUACUCGCAGAUAAUAUCUCACUCGUCAGUAUUACUUCCACCGCCUAACUUCCACCUAAAAAAACACUAAAACAGACCUGUUUACUCUAACAAACACCUCUGCAUGUGCUUUAUUUUAUUGCGUCCUCAAAGGACGUUUUUUAAUGGGAACUUGGUGAGCUAGAUCACAUUGUACACAAAAUUCCAUCGGACAACAGUUUCAAUUUUAAGGUUUUGGUAACAGCAUAAGGAAAGCGUUUGACAAAUAAUAAGAUCGGUGACCUUUUUAUUUCUUUGAAAAUUAAUACGCGAACUUGUCUCUAACUCUUUGGAAAAAAAGCUUUCUAAUUCUUUCUGACGGUCCCUACGAACAUUACUUUGCCGGAUACCCGAAAACGUUAUUUAUCUGCCUAAUUAUUUGUGGUAGAAAAGCACGCUUGACCUAUGGAGAAUGAGAAGCGACGCAAUGUAUCGAUGAAGUAAGUACCGAUAUGAUCGUCUCUGAAGAUACUGCGGGACUUUUUGUACAGGCGGCAUGCCGCACGGCUUUAACAUGCUUAUGCUAAGAUCUGAAAAUUAACUAUAGAUACUAUUGGGUCGUGUCGGAUAUUUUAACCAGACUACAACUUUAUAUGUAAUCGGUAUCUGCCAUGCUAAUUGUCUUCAAAUAAUUCAUCCUAAUGAGAUAUUACCACGGAAUAUUAGAGCUCCUUGACGGUUUAAAGCUGACCGACAAACUUGUAUCUCAUUAAUCAGAGAGCUUAUUUUGUCAGGUCUGGUUUCUGACUAGAUGCUUGAAAUAGGUCCCAUCCGUAAUUAUAUUUUCCCUCUGUGCUUCUCUACGCUAUCUAAAUCACCGUCAUCGAGAUCCUGGUAAUUUCACAGUGUAUGCACUCUCUGAACGUGGGUAAUUAUUGAAAAACAAUGUGAUGUAGUCUUCCACUUGAGAAACGAUGUGGCAUGGCAACUUCCUCCAAAACCAACUUAGCUUAAGCAGCUACGUGCAUCAGUCAAGCAAGAUCGAUGGAAAUCCAAGUUGCCGCGCGCGGCGUAAAAUUAAUAUAAAUUAUGCGCGCAUGCCUUUACGGACGCGCGUAAUUUUGGAUAUGCUAGCUUUUCCCAAACGGUGAACCAAAGGCGGUCGACGGCAAGUUGCAUGUCUCGCUUGAUUAGGCCCUGCUGUAACUCCUCUUGCAUGCCCCAAAUCUACUUUUGAUUUGACCAAGCUAAUCAAAUGGAAAAUUUACAAUGUCUAACUACAAAAAGCAUUAAUUCAAAAGAAAUUUUUAACUAAAGCUAUGCACAAAACCAACAGUACAAAACAACGACCGUUUGAAGAGAGUGAUUCAUGAAGAAUAAAUUUAAAUGCGAACUUUUCACUGUGAAUAACAUGCAAUCUCUAUCUAGUCUUUCACCUAAGCAAGUUAAUGCCACACGACAUGACUUUUCUUAAUUCGUAUUGUUUCCUAACGCCGAGAGGUAAAUAGUUGAACCAACUAACCUGCCUGUGCACACUUGUUUGGUUAACAUUAGCCAUCGCCGUAACCAAAUCGGUUAGUGACCUACUGGCUAACAUUACCUUUACGAUGUAAAAAAUCUUAUCCCGGUGCGCUAUGACGACUAAAUUUUUUCUCUUCGUUAAAAACUACCUUCUUAGGUUUGACACAUAAUGCGCACAUAUCUGAGACCCAAACCAUAACUCAACUUUGGAAAUCGAACAGGAGAAUGUGAAACUGAUUAAUUGCUGUGCAAUAUCUGUCCAGAAAUUUCUGGCUUCUUUGCCGGCUCGAACAUUUCAGUGAUUAUCUAUUCAUCAUUUAUUUGGGUGUUAUGCUGGUAUUUGUUAAGUGUUCUUAUUUGUAUGUAAGGCACACAAAUUAAACAAUGGUCGUUUAAGUGCCCACUUAUAAAGCAUACGCUUAAAUACAUGUAGUCAUGCAAUGCUCAACAUCGUGUAUUUUCACCAUAAUAGGCGGGAACCUAUCUUCAAAAAAAUCAAUUAAGCAUUUUUGCACAGGUUUCCUGAAAAACAUGCAGAAUAAUUUUAGAACAUUUUGCUUUGAAGUGAGUAUCAGCAGGUGACCUGGAAGGGUACCUGCCGAUGGCCGCACGAUAGACUGCGGAAAGAAACUUCGGUUUAUGUUUUUUACUGGUCAAUAUUACGACCUUAACGUGGACUUCUGGUUCUUGAAAUACAGGUCAAAUAUUUCCAGCCAUACAACACGUGGUUUGACGUAUACUUUAUUUAUUACAACCAGUUCGACUGGCACAGUAGAUAAAAAUACCGUUACACAGAAACGACAUUUCAAUGGUUUGUUUGCAGAAGGACAUAUUAUCAGUUUAUUUCCGGAAUUAAUCAUUCCAACAUUCAAAAAAGUGAUUGAAAUUUCGUUUACCCAUUAGAAAAUUUCUCCGGAAAUAUUAUUUAUUAGGAAUCAACUUUACAUCCAAAAUAAUAAUAAACAUCAAAGGGAACAGGAAUUUUUAGAUACGUAUGUAAAUAACACUUAGCCUUUCAGGAAAAACGCAUGCGCAUCUCGUAAAAUGCUUUCUACAUCUGACUUUGAAUUUGCAAAACGCAUCACGGAAGACUCUGGUCUCAGGAUCAAUCUUUAAAAUGUGUAGGUCCUUGAAGUAGAUAACCUUGACAUAUACUAAAUAGCAGCGUUUAAGCAGAGUCGACAUUCACUUUGUUCCUGGUGUUGAAAACCAUAUGACGUCGGUGAGAUUAAUGCUGACAACAGCAAGGGGUAGUCUUGAAUACAGCCAACAGUGUAGCCACCUGAGCUAGGAGGCCCCACCGGGAACCAUGAAUUCAGUUACAAGCUCAGCCUAUUCUGAGGCAUGGAAUCCACCGAAUUUAACUGCCAUGUCGGAUUUUCAAAGUAAUGAAUCUAGAACUUACUAGGUUUCUAUCAGACUCAUUUAAUGAAUGCGCGUUUUAGCAGAUUUGGAAUAAGCCAUUAUGACCCAGCGUUGCAGUCGGCUGUGAGGGUAACUUGACGCAACUGAAUUAAGUUUCACUUGUUUAAAUCAAAUGGAGUUUUUCAAAAUCUCCUGAAAAACUUAUUAAUAGAAUCGAGAUUAUCGAACAUGAUGGAUUUAUAAAGAAAAACAACUUUUGAAGCCAAUUACUUCUGCACACUAAGCAGUAAAACAGGUUUUCUAAAACUAAACAGGAAAUAAAAUAGUAUAAAACUGAUAUUGUGUCGAAAACAUUUGGUAGUUGGACACAAUUAAAAUACCCGAAGGUUUUUACGAACGAUAAAUAGAUAGAUGUUGUAAUAUCGAUGGCCACAUGACUGCGUAGAUAUAGAGAGAAGAUAAAAUAAAUAAAAUAAAGGAACUUUUUCUGAAAAGUUUUCAGAAUAUUAAAGUUCCAGUGAUAAAGGGGGGCCAACUUGAAUUAGAAUGGUCUUCUGGAUAGCUGAUGUUUGCUUACUUGUGUGCACAGGUAAGCACAAUGACAUGUCCAUACCUCGACGACACUAUGCACACAUGGUUAGGUACGCAGAGGUCUUUUGUGAAACUAUGAAAUUACUGAAGUGUAUUUCAAACCCUGUAUUUGCCUUUAUCUGAUCUUAGAUUCCCUUGAAAGGAACUUAUAUCUGGCUUGAGAAUGCAUUGGUAUGGUGCAAAAACCAUCUGACAUAAGGUCUCUUAAAUUUUCAAGUUGGAGUUCCCAUUUAACGGUGGGGCCAAAAGUAAAUAAUAGUUUCCAUUGAUUAAAAACUGAAAAGACUCUUAAAACCUUACUAACGUCAUUAAAUUCCAACAAUUUCUCGAAACUUUAUAAACAAAUACAUGCUUUACACAUGCGUAAGUUACCUUGUUGCGUGGCUUGCAGACUGUUUUCAAUGACGUCCCAUUAUCCUUUAAUGAUACAAUCCAAAUUACUAGGGACAAGCUUUGAACGUCUGACCUCAAAAAUGGGGUCAAUCAUUUUGUGACACGUUGUCAAAGAGCAUUACAGUUCUUGAUUAAAUGAUUCUACGGAACUUUUCUCGGCCGUGAAUUUUCAAUUCCGUUUUCUACGUAUUAACCUCAACGUUUGUAUUGCCUUGAUGUGUAAUUACAAAGGAAAGCCCUUAACCUUGGAUGUCGCUCUCCUUUUUGGGCGGAAAGUGCAGUUGCUUUUAAAUCAAUCUUCUUUGGUUUAAUUCAUUGCGACUCAAAUCGUCUCAGAAUAGCAACUGGUCGUGUGUCUAGUUUUCAUUUUCCAUGCUCAGAGCACUUGUUGUCUGCUAGAUUUAUUGUAGAAUCCACCCAGCUCUUCCCUUGUUAGUAUUAAAAAACACGCAUGAAGAUUUACUCUUUUAACUUUCCAUUGUAGAUACACAAUCCAAUGCGUUCUGCCACUGA